UGACAACUUUGAAUCGCAAUUUUUAAAAUUCCCUGAGGAUAUUUUGCUUUUACCGCGUCUAUCUUUGCACACUUCGCACACGUGUAAUAAAUAUAUGUACAGUCAUUUUUCAACAUGUUUACUGAUUUACUGUCGUUUGCGUGAUGACUCGAGCUCAUUAUAUUUAAUUUGGCGUUAUUUCGAUAAGUUUAACGAAAAAAGUGGAGCAUGAUAUUGUAUCCUAUUUGUGGAGGAAAAUACGAUAAAUAAAGAAGAAAAGAAACGGAGCAAGGCAAAAAGAGUGACAUUUUAUGCGGAUUUUCAUAACUUUGAUAGUGCUCAUAAUUUUUUUAUAUUUUUAAAAAAUUUAAAUAAAAAUGCCGAAUGUUUCACAUUUGCGUAAAUGGGCUCUAGGAUUAGGUGCGAUAAGCGGCACAGUAUUAUAUUAUUACAAUGCACACGUUAAUAAGAAGUCCUGUCAAGUGCACAAUUCUUGGACGACGAAUUAUAUACCUUCAGUGAAAUGGGAUCACAAUUGGGACAGGAGGGAUCCAAAGAGCCUGGUGAAGCCAAUGCCAAUAAAUAAUGAGAACGAUGAGAAUAAAUGUAAUGAAAAGAUUGAGGCAAAGAAAGCAAAGGUUGUGCGACAUAUAUUUUUGAUUCGACAUGGGCAAUAUCAGACAGAUGGAAAGACAGAUGCUGAAAGAGUGCUUACUGAACUUGGCAGGAAGCAAGCUGAAGUAACGGGAAAAAGAUUAGCAGAGUUAAAUCUGCCUUACUCAUUGAUAGUAAGAUCUACGAUGACACGUGCUUUGGAGACUUCUAAAAUUAUAGAAAAGAGUCUUGUAAAUGUGCCAGUUGAAGAUGAUAAUAUGUUAAUCGAAGGUGCGCCUAUACCUCCAGAGCCACCUAUUGGUCAUUGGAAAUCUGAAAAACAUUUCUUCCAGGAUGGUGCUAGAAUAGAAGCUGCAUUUAGAAAGUAUUUCCAUCGUGCAGAUCCUAGUCAAGAGUAUGAUUCAUAUACUGUUCUUGUAUGCCAUGCAAAUGUCAUCCGAUAUUUCGUUUGUCGAGCAUUGCAGUUUCCACCAGAAGCAUGGCUAAGAAUAGGCUUAAAACAUGGAAGCAUUACUUGGCUUUGCAUCCUUCCCAGUGGUCGAGUCACACUCUAUUCUCUGGGUGAUACAGGACAUAUGUUACCACAAAAUAUAACGUCUAGCUAAAGGUCUAGCACGAUUCAUAUCAUAUAUAAUUCAUAACAAUAAUAAAUAUCAAGGUUAAUUAAUAAACAUA